AUGAGACGAUGUGCGAGUGCGCUGUGCACAAACGCGCGGUGCCGUUCAAGUCUCAUCGCCCCGACGGCGCGACUUGGGAUUCGUCUAAACUCGACUACGUCUAGAGAAACCCCUCCACAUCUUCAAGGCGCGUCACAGCCUAGCACUUCGCGACCCGACCAACUACCAGCGUCCGAUGCACCCCGCAGCAGCAACCCGCUACCAAGCGAGGAAGAAGGCGAGAAGAAGAAAAAGCCGCUGCAGAAUCCCCGCAAUGAAGCCAUCCGUUACCGGUACGUUCGCCUUGUCAACCCCGAGACAGGCGCACUCGAACCACCCACGCUCCUCCGAAAUAUUCUCCCUACGCUCGACCGCAAGACCCAGUAUCUCGAGCUCGUCAAUGAAAACCCGGAGCCGAUUGUGAAGAUCAUCAACACCAAAAUGCUCUACGCGCGGGGCAAGGCAAAGAAGGAACGGCAGCAGCAGAACCGUCCUCCCGAGGAGAAGGAGCUGCAGCUCACGUGGGGUGUCGGGAUGGGCGAUCUGCAAUUCAAGCUCAGGAAGGCUCGGGAAGACCUCUUGGACGGGAACCGUGUCACGCUCAUCUUCGCAAUCAAGAAGGGGCAGAAAGUCCCUAGUCCACCGGAACAGCAGGCGAUGAUCGAGGAGGCCGUUCGACUGCUGGAGGAUGUGGGCAGGGAGCGGAAGGAGAGGGCGGUCCAGAAGCAUAUGACUGCGUUGUUUCUGGAGAGCUUGCGGCCGCGGAAACAGACCCAUGAGCUAGAUUGGGCGUACACUGGGGGCGAGCCAUGGGAGGGGUUGAAGGCGGUCGAGACGGCUCUGUCAAAAGGUGCGCGUGUCGAGGUUACGUUCCAUACACCCCCGCCGCCCAAGAAGGCCAAGGACGCGCAGGAUGUGCCAGUUGAUAUCAAGGCGGUAGAGCCCGCCGAGGUCAAUAGGCGAUUGGAGGAAACUUUGGCUGGAUUGACGAAGUUGGGCAACGAGUGGAAGCCGAGGGAUACUCGCAAGACUGCUGUUAUCGUAUAUCUAGAAGGCAUUCGGACGACAUGA